GCUCGCCCGGGCCUGGCGGCUCCUGCCCGCUGCCACCCUGGCGCUGCGCUCCAUGGACGGCGUCUUCCUCUCGCCCAACGAGGAUGAGUUCGUGGGCAGGAUCACGGAGGAGCUGGAGCACUUCAUGCUGCAGGGGCAGCACCACAGAGUGCUGCUGUUCCCCCCCCUCUCCAGUCGCCUCAGGUACCUGAUCCACCGGACCGUGGACAACGUGGAUUUGUUGAGCAGCUUUUCUGUGGGAGAGGGAUGGAGGAGGAGGACUGUCAUCUGUCACUCGGCCGUAAGGCUGCCCAGCGAGACGAGUGACCAAAAACCCAGCGGCAACCCACCGCGCCCGCACCGACCUGCGCAGCCGUGGGGCCGGGGGGGCCGAGGCGGCAGGCUGCGACACGGCGGGGAGAUGCACGGAGACAACUCUCGAGCCUGCGUGGGGUCCGGCAGGAUAAAAAGGCCGCCCAGGAAGAAGCCGGAUAAAGCCCUGUACGUCCCGAAAGCGAUGCGCAAGAAGGCGGAAUGGGGGGAGCAGGAGGGGCCGGUGGCAGCCGGCACCGAGUCACCGGGGGAUGUGGCGCCAGAAGAGAUUUACCCUAAAGCUUUGGUCAGGGGCACCCAGGAGGAGCUGGGCGAGUCUGAAGGCAGCCCAGGUGGUGUCUCCUUGGCCCUUGGCAAGCGACAGGAGCCUGGCGAAGAGUGUGUGUCGGGAAAAAGUAACGAUCACACCAACAACGAACGUCCUCCGUGUUGUACGGCUGUUCCGUCGCUGGAGAACAGCAACGUUUUCUCUGGGCAGGAAAGUCAGGAUAAAGACUGUUCGGAUUCCCUGUCUUCCGUCCACAAUGAAAACCCAGCUGAAGCAGAAGAGCAAGGUCUGAGCUGUGACAACGCUGUUGGACCAGAAGGGAGCAAAAUCCUGUGCCAAGCGCAAGCUGAAGCCCCAAAGAGCCGGGAUGCCGGUGUGUUGGAGUGCGACGAGAGCUCCUCCCUGUCGGAAAGCCCGAGCAGAAACUGCUGCACGGACCCAGCGUGGCUGGUGCUGGAAAACCGAGAUAAGAGCUGUGCUGCUGCCAGGAGCCCGGAGAGCGGUGGAAACAUGUCACCCCCUGAAGAACAGGGCAAGGACUUUGGGGCUGCCAGCGCGGUGGAGGGAGGGGAGAGUCUUUCCCGACUGGAAAGCCAAGAUCAGGAGCAUCCCGGUGUGGCGCAGGUGGAGCAGCCCCAAUGCCAGAACCCCUCAGAAGCCUCGAACGAGCCUCUGGUUGCACCUGAGCCGGUGUGUGGUGCUGAGCCACCAGCUCCUGAGGAGCAGGAUGAGCGCCGGGUGGCUGCUGCUGUGCAGAACCACAGCGGGAAGGCACCGGUGGCGGAUGAGGAGGACAAGGAGCGUUCAGGCUUGGCUGAUGCGCUGUGGCAUGAGCUGCAUUUGUCUGCAGGUGGUAGAGAGGAGAGCGCAGCCGUCGGCGGGCAGGGCAGCCUCGAGGACGACUGUACCGCAGAGCUCUUUGCAGAGAUUGUGGGUAAUUUAACCGUGAAGGACAUAAGCAUCGAGAAGAUCAGCUUUGAUUAUUCCAGCUACGGAGAUGCGCAGCUCAGCGAGGGGGAUUUUGGCCACGUGACAGAAAUCUACGACUUCUCUCCGUCACUGAAAACGGAGCACCUGCUGGAGGUGUUCUCGGACUUCCAUGAGAGUGGUUUCAAAAUCCAGUGGGUCGACGAUACGCACGCCCUGGGAAUCUUCUCGAGCCUGUCUGCAGCAUCUCAAGCCUUGGGGCGGCGUUAUCCUUCUUUAAAGAUCCGACCUUUGAUCCACGCAACAAAGCAGUCGAAAAUCAAGGCACUUCAGCGACCAAAGCUCCUUCACCUUGCAAAAGAGAGACCCCAGACUGACACUGCCGUGGCGAAGAGGCUGGUGACCCGGGCUCUGGGUUUGAAGAACAAGCAGCAGGACGUCUCGGGCACCGAAAUGCUCCUGCCAGAAGGCUUGGACCAGGAGGAAUAAACAGUUUCGGCUAAAAAAAAAAGAUGUAUAGAUGAGCAUGGCUGUGACAUAUUAAACUGCAUGCAGAAAAGUGA